UCGACGGUGCCUUUGUUGAAUGAAGUCAACUCUACUAAGUUCCAAAUUGCUAUUUUUGAUCAGCUACUGGCUGGGUUUCCUACCUACUGCUGUUCAAUAUUCUACGCUUGACAAGAUUUAUAUGACAGGUGUGAUAAGAAACACACAUGCAUCUGUGAAGGAUGAACAAAUUUCUAAUCCCAUAAAAAUAUGGUUAGCACAUACCAAAGAACGCAUGGAUCGAGAGAGAAAAAAGAAAAGAGGAAGAAACCAAAGAGAUCAGGUACAAAACGAACCUGACGAACCUGACGAACCUGACGAACCUGACGAACCUGAAGAGCCUGAAGAACCCAAAGAACGUCAUUGACAUAAGUUACUUAUUAUAAAAGAAAGAAGGUGCCGACGAUCUCUUGCUUAAGAAUAUGUUAUUUUCAAGAUUUUUUAUUUUGCCAAGAAUGUUUCUUUUAUUUUCAAGAUUUUUUAUUUUGCCAAAGAUGAACAGGUGCCUCUUCUACCUCACGUAUAACAUAUUCUUAAUUCUAUUUUUAGUAUUUUUUCAUAUGCGUUUUUUCAAUGCGUUUUAUUUACAAGUAAAUAUUUCCGUUUUUUUAAUACUCUGCAAAAAUGUAAGAAGAAAUCUCAUUUAAACAAUUGAUUGACGGUAUGCAACUUAACAUCCUGCUGAUUGCAAAUGUAAAUUUCUAUGAUUAUAUUUCGCUUUGUUCUUUAAAAGAGUUCGUUACUCUGAAUGGCUUAAUGUGAAGUAAUGAAUAUAAAAAUGUAUAAUUGCGCUGU